AGAGCGAGGACGCCCGCACUCUUGUUCGAAUAUGCUCGCACCCUUGCUCUUUGCUUCUCUCUCUUUCUCUGUCUACCUAGUCUGCCACACAAACCCUUGCUUUCGCUCUUGCUCUCACUCUUCUCGUUACUGAACCCACAAAUCCCACAAGCAAAAUUCUCAAUAGUAGAACGUAGUAGAUAGAAGAAGAGUAUAAAAAGGUAGUUUGGGAAACCCGGAAAUGGAUUCGGAUCAAGGGAAGCUUUUCAUCGGUGGAAUAUCAUGGGAGACAUCGGAGGAUAAGCUGAAGGAGCAUUUCAGCGACUAUGGCGAUGUCAUUCACGCGUCAGUUAUGAGGGAGAAGAAUACUGGGAAGCCUAGAGGAUUUGGGUUCGUGGUGUUCGCAGAUCCUUCCAUUCUUGAUAGGGUUCUUGAAGACAAGCACGUUAUUGAUGGGAGAACGGUAGAUGCCAAGAAGGCUUUAUCAAGAGAGGAUCAACAAAUUUCUGCCACUUCCAGAACUGGAAAUCCCAAUUUUGCCAGGAAUGCUGGAAACGGUGGAAAUUUGAAGACCAAAAAGAUCUUUGUCGGAGGAUUGCCUCCCACCUUGACUGAAGAAAAAUUUCGCCAGUAUUUUGAGGCUUAUGGCCAUGUAACUGAUGUUGUAGUCAUGUAUGACCAAAAUACUGGUCGACCACGAGGAUUUGGGUUUAUAUCCUUUGAUACUGAAGAGGCAGUUGACAGGGUUUUGCUCAAGCCAUUUCAUGAUCUAAAUGGUAAGCAAGUGGAAGUGAAGCGUGCACUCCCCAAGGAUGCCAAUCCUGGUGCAAGUGGCCGUAUGAUGAGUAGUGCUGGGUAUCAAGGGUAUGGCGCUUCGGGUGGUAACCAAAAUUCAUAUGAUGGUCGGAUGGAUUCUAGCAGGUAUGUGCAACCUCAAAGCACUGGGGGUGGAUUCCCACCUUAUGGUUCGUCUGGAUAUACUGCUGCUGGGUAUGGCUAUGGUCCUGCUAAUAAUGGCAUGGGUUUUGGUGGGUAUGGAGGUUUUGGUGGUGGUGGUACUGGGUAUGGUGGACCUGCUGGUGCAGCCUAUGGGAGUCCAAAUGUCCCUAAUGCUGCUUAUGCUGGUGGCCCACCAGGUGGCCCAAGGAGUUCAUGGUCUGCUCAAGCUCCCUCUGGUUAUGGUUCUAUGGGCUAUGGAAAUGCUGCUUCAUGGGGUGCUCCAACUGGUGGUGGCCCUGGUUCUGCAUCUGCAGGUCAGUCCCCUGGUGGAACUGCCGGAUAUGGUAAUCAGGGUUAUGGAUAUGGUGGGUAUGGCGGGUAUGGUGGAAAUGAUACUUCAUAUGGGAAUCCAGGUGUAUAUGGAGCUGUUGGAGGGCGUUCUGGAAGUGCUCCCAAUAGUAACACUAGUGGUCCUGGAGGGAAUGAAUUUCAAGGAAGUGGUGGCAGCUAUAUGGGUAGUGGCUAUGCUGAUGUAAAUGGAAAUUCAGGAUAUGGAAAUGCUGCAUGGAGAUCUGAUCCAGCACAAGCGCCCGGAAGUUAUGGUACUCCUCAGGGAAAUGGUCCACAAAGUGGGCAAGUUGGCUAUGGUGGUGGCUACGGUGGAGCUCAGUCCCGGCAAGCCCAACAACAGUAAUUUUGACAGUUAGAUUUCUGAUUGGAUCUUCGACAUCAUUUUGUUGACCCCUCCCUGAGUAUUAAUUAUGAUCACACAAUUCCUCUUCAGCAGCAAUGGAGUGUGGCUCAAGUUCAAUGUCAAUACCAUUAUGAGACUGGUUGGGUUGCCUGAACCCCAGUAGUUUGCAGUACUUUUUUCUUUAAUUUAUAAUAAUUUUUUUAAGGAUAUCAGAUUCUCCUUUUCUUCCCCUUUAAUAGCAUCUGCUUGUGUGUAGCUCUAAAUAUGCAUACUUGCGAUUUAAGUUGAUCUUGAAUUCUGAGUUCUUAUAGCAUUUCAGUUAUUGUUUA